AUGGUGGUUAUGCCGAGGUGCCGGUCACUUUCCUCAUGUUUCUCAGGGUCGCAGGAGGCUGCAUCCCAUGGCUCUCCUGAGUUAGACGAACCCUGCUCAGUCUAUGAUGUUGGUACUGAGGGUUCUGUUACAGGUGCUGAUAAGAGAAAUGCUGUUAGUGCUGAGGGCCCUGCUGUUGCAGAUGCUGAUGAGAGAGAUGUCUGUGCCUCCCAGAUAGCAGCUGCCAUUCUGGCUACAUGCAGAGAUCCUCUGACCAAGAAGGCCAAUGUAUUGAUCGAGUUCUUACUGGAGAAAUUUAAGGUGAAAAACCCCUUCACCCAGACAGAUAUCCUGAGGGUGAUCAACAGGAAGUACAAGGUGCACUUCACUGAGAUCCUCAGGAGAGUCUCUGUGCACUUGGAGUUGGUCUUUGGCCUCGAGUUAAAGGAAGUUGGUCCUAGUUCUCACUCCUACAUGCUUGUGGGCAAGCUGGGUCUCUCCACUGAGGGAAAUCUGAGUAACAAUAGUGGGUUGCCCAAGACAGGGCUCUUGAUGACCAUCUUGGGUGUGAUCUUCAUGAAGAGGAGCUGUGCCUCUGAGGAAUAUGUUUGGGAAUGCCUGAAAAUAGUGGGGAUAUAUCCUGGGAAGAGUCAUGUAAUUUUUGGGGUGCCUCGGGAGUUUAUCACCAAAGAUUUGGUAUCAGAAAAUUAUUUGGAAUACAGCCAGGUUCCUGGCAGUGACCCUCCAAGCUAUGAGUUCAGGUGGGGUCCCAGAGUCUAUGUUGAAACCACCAAGAUGAAAGUCCUGGAAGUUGUACCUAAGAUCAAUAAUACUUCCCCAAGUUUCUUCACUAGUACAUAUGAAGAGGCUAUGCUUGAUGAGGCUAAUAGAGCAGCAAGGAGAGUUACAUCUGUGCCUGGCAAUACUGUUGAUGUCAGGGAUGUUAGGGCUCAUUGCAGAUGCAUGGCUCACAGAUCCUCCCACAUUUAA